ACUCUUCGUAUUAAACACCACCACCGAGUCAUCUUGUGCUCUCUCCAAUAGUACACCAGUAGUAGCAUCCACAUCACUUGUAACUCUCACUCUUCUUUCUUCCCUCUCUGUCUGUGAUGAGAACCCACUCGGUAAGCAGCCUCCUGUUGCUGAUGUUGUUCCUUGGGGCUGCUAACCAAGCGUCAUGGCUCUUCCUCUUCCUUCUCUUCGCUCUCUCCUUCCUCUCCCCCCUGUUGUUCACCAUUUGGCUUGUCCCCGGCGGCUUUGCAUGGCAUCGAUACUCCGGUGCCGGGUCGAUCGCCCCCGGCCCCAUCGGGUGGCCCUUGCUCGGUUGCCUCACCCUCAUGGGCCCGCUGGCUCAUCGCAAGUUGGCUAAGCUCUCCAAGUCCCACCGCGCCGCCCACCUCAUGGCUCUCAGCCUGGGCGCGACGCCGGUGGUCGUCAGCAGCCACCCCGACACGGCCCGGGAGAUACUCCACGGGCCUGCGUUCUCCGACCGCCCCGCCAAGAUCUCGGCCCGGAUGCUGAUGUUCGAGCGGGCCAUCGGCUUCGCUCCCGCCGGCGACUACUGGCGCCACCUUCGCCGUGUCGCGUCGACCAGCAUGUUCUCCCCGCGGCGGAUAGCGGCCUUGGCGAGCCUCCGGCAUCAGGUGGCCGGCAGAAUGGUGAGUAGAGUUUGGAAGGAGAUGGAAGGGACGGGGUUGGUGGUGUUGAGGGAGCUGCUGCAGGAGAGCUGUUUGGAGAACAUGGUGGGGAGUGUGUUUGGGCUGUCACUGGGAGAAGCGGAGACGAAGGAAUUGGUGGACAUGGUGAGGAAAGGGUACGAGUUGAUAGGGCAGUUCAAUUUGGAGGACUAUUUCCCUCUGGGUGGCCUUUUGGACUUGUCUGGGGUGGGAAGAAGGUGCAAACACUUGUCUAUUAGGGUCAAGGAUCUUGUAGGUAAAAUUGUGGAGAGGAGAAGGCAGGGUGACUACCGCAUGCAGGAUGACUUCCUCAGCCUGUUGCUUAGCUUGCCGAAGGAGGAGACCCUAAGUGACACGGACAUAAUAGCAGUGCUCUGGGAGAUGGUAUUCCGGGGAACAGAUGCGGUUGCUGUCCUCUUGGAGUGGACUAUGGCCAGGAUGGUCCUGCACCCAAGCAUCCAAGCCAAAGCCCAGCAGGAGCUCGACGCCGUGGUCGGAGGCAGGCCGGUCGAGGACUCUGACACGCCGAAGCUGCGGUACCUGCAGGCCGUCGUCAAGGAGGUCCUCCGGAUGCACCCGCCGGGGCCGCUGCUGUCAUGGGCGCGACUGGCGGUCCGGGACGUGCUCGUCGGCAAGUACUUCGUGCCGGCCGGCACGACGGCGAUGGUGAACAUGUGGGCGAUAACCCAUGACGAGUCCAAUUGGGAGGACCCGUGGGCCUUCCGGCCCGACCGGUUCCUGGAGGCGGACGUGAGCGUUCUGGGCUCCGACUUGAGGCUGUCGCCUUUCGGGUCGGGGCGGAGGGUGUGCCCGGGGAGGGCUCUGGGCGUGGCCACCGCUCACCUGUGGCUUGCGAGGCUUCUGCAGCAGUUCCGGUGGACCGCCGGCCGCCCGGUGCAGUUGUCGGAGCGCUUGCGCCUCUCGCUUGAGAUGAAGAAGCCACUGGCUUGUCGAGUGGUCCGGCGAGGUCGUGUUGAUGUCGAGUAGAUGCUUGUGAUGAUGCUUUGUGAUGGUAUAUACUUGUGAUGUGGUGCAGCGUGAGGGAAGGGAAGGGAUGGAGGGGUGUAUGUAGCGCAUGGGGGAGGUGGGUAUGUGAUUUUGUUUAAUGUAAUAUAGCACAAGAAAAUGGAUGGAGAUGGAGGCUUGAAUCUUGUAAACAAUGUACUGCUGUUGAUAUCUUCUAUGUCAUCUACUCACUUGGCCCUUA